CAAAAAGGCAAAUACAACAAAAACGAAACGAAAAGAGAGGAAAGAUAAUUUUUUUGCUUUUUAUAUUAUUUUGGCAAUUUGGAAAUUGGAAGUCUUACUCAACAACGCACUUUCUUUAAUAAACCGCUUGACGUGGUAAGUGGGUCCUACAGAAGAACUUCUUAUUCCAAUAAACUUCCAAUACUCUGUUUUGCUAUCGUGGUCUGCGCACUAGCCAAUUCUAAUCUCUUCCUCUUCUUCUUCUUGCUUUCACCGUCUUCCUCCACAACCAUGGCCUCUUGCGUCACCGGAACAGAGGCGGCGAUUAGAGCUGCGGCAUGUAGAGACGGAGAAGCAGCGGCUCAUCUAAAGCUGAUCUCCGUCUUUGUCAUUUUCCUCACAAGCGUUUUCGGAAUCUCUGCGCCGGUUCUUCUCGCUCGUUACUUCCACGGUAAGCCUCUCUACGAUAAAGCGAUUCUCGUCAUAAAGUGUUUCGCCGCCGGCGUGAUUCUCUCCACGUCUCUAGUCCACGUCUUGCCGGAGGCUUUCGAAUCGCUCGCCGAUUGCCAGGUGUCAUCUCGACAUCCGUGGAGAGAUUUUCCGUUUGCCGGUUUGGUGACGAUGAUCGGAGCGGUAACGGCGUUGUUGGUUGAUUUAACCGCGAGUGAACAUAUGGGACACGGUGCUGGUGGUGGUGGUGGCGGAGGGAUGGAGUACAUACCGGUUGCUGCGGCGGCUGGAGGUUUGGAGAUGAAAGAAGGGAAGUAUGGGGCUGAUUUGGAAAUACAAGAAAAUAACGAGGAGGAGAUAGUGAAGAUGAAACAAAGAUUAGUGUCUCAAGUUCUUGAAAUUGGGAUUAUAUUUCAUUCAGUGAUAAUUGGUGUAACCAUGGGAAUGUCACAGAAUCAGUGUACCAUUAGACCUUUGAUCGCUGCUCUUUCGUUUCAUCAGAUUUUCGAAGGCUUAGGCCUUGGUGGUUGCAUCGCUCAGGCUGGGUUUAAGGCAGGGACAGUGGUGUAUAUGUGCUUGAUGUUCGCCGUAACGACGCCUCUCGGGAUUGUACUUGGGAUGAUAAUUUUUGCAGCGACCGGUUAUGAUGAUCAAAACCCUAACGCAUUGAUAAUGGAAGGUUUAUUGGGAUCACUCUCUUCAGGGAUUUUGAUAUAUAUGGCUUUAGUUGACCUAAUUGCAUUAGAUUUCUUCCACAACAAGAUGUUGACGUCAGCUGGUGAAUCGAGUUCGAGGCUGAAGAAGCUCUGUUUUGUGGCUUUGGUUUUGGGUUCUGCAUCUAUGUCACUUCUUGCUCUUUGGGCUUAGAGACAACAACAACAACAACAAAAAUGGAGGUGUAAUAUACCACUUUGGUUAAUAGGAAAUGUGAUAAUUAUCUAAAAUCUGUUUUCAAACACAUCUGAAUUUGGUUCACUUUAAUAAUAUAUAUAAUCUAUCUAUUCUACAAAAAAAAAGAAAUUGAUAGUGAUCCAGUGGUUAUAAAUACAUUGUAAAUGUCAUUUUUGACAAAAUUUGAACGCU